ACCUUGUUAAUUACAGACAAAUAGAAAAAACAUAUAUAUGUAGAGAAAGUAGACAGUAAUCCCUGUGAGCAACUGGUGAAUGUCAAACCCCUAUAUCUCCUGAAUGUUAUGUAUUUAUUCCCUUUUUUAAAUUGGUAUAUGCUUGGAAAUUGCUUGAGCUCCCCCUUCAAAAUGUUCCAUAACUUCACUCCACAUAUUGAAUUAAUUACAAAUUAAAUGAUCCCCUUAAAUUAUAACCCCCCUCUCAGUCACUAAACAGUUUUUAAUAUUUCCUGGUAGCAGUUAUUUCUUGCUUUAAACAUUAUUUGUGUAGUUUAAAUCCAUAUAUUAGAAAAUUUUAAUAAAUUUGAAUGAGUUAGUGUGAUCAUUUUUCCCUGUAGCUCUUAAUUUGUAUAAAAGCUGCUAUGCAAUUAAGUUUUGGGGAUGGUUUCUGUCUGAAUACAUUUGGGUUGUGCUGAAACCUUUGACAGUGACUGUAUUGAGGUCAGGUGGCGCCCUCUGUCGUCAAACCUUCGAAAAACAGGAACAUAAUGUAUUUUUCCCAGAAUGGAUGUAGUUGCUGUCACACCGAAGCUACUCUUCUCGAGCCUCUUCUGGAGUUGACCCCGGUUUACUGUCACCUGCCCGGCCUGAGUGUACCUGAACACAUCCAGCUGUGUGACCGGAACACCAGGCUGAGUGUGUGUGUGAAUACCGGCGCGUGAGUUCAACGUUAAACGUGUGUGUCGUCAAAAAACAGCUGGAUGCUACUCAGCUAGCAAACUGUAGCCGAGCCGCAGCCUCUGCAGAGCGGCGAAGGUGACAGAUAAAUCCGCGCAGCAGGACUGAGAGGAUGGGUCACUGCCUGUGAUCAGUGAGGAUGAGGAGCCGCAGUAACUCAGGAGUGAGGCUGGAUGGGUAUGCCAGGCUGGUCCAAGAGACUAUCCUGUGCCACCAGAACCCAGUGACAGGACUCCUGCCCGCCAGCGCCCAGAAAAAAGAUGCCUGGGUGAGAGAUAAUGUGUACAGUGUCCUGGCCGUGUGGGCGCUGGGCAUGGCCUACCGCAAGAACGCAGACCGUGAUGAAGACAAGGCCAAAGCCUAUGAGCUGGAGCAGAGUGUGGUGAAACUGAUGCAGGGACUUCUGCAGUGCAUGAUGAGACAGGUGGCCAAGGUGGAGAAGUUCAAACUCACCCAGAGUACAAAAGACUGCUUGCACGCCAAAUACGAUACUCCCACCUGUGCCACGGUGGUUGGAGACGACCAGUGGGGCCAUCUCCAGGUGGACGCCACCUCCAUUUACCUGCUGAUGUUGGCACAGAUGACCGCCUCAGGUCUCCGCAUCAUCUCCAACCUGGAUGAGGUGGCCUUUAUCCAAAACUUGGUCUUCUACAUCGAGGCUGCCUACAAAGUUGCGGAUUAUGGGAUGUGGGAGCGAGGUGACAAGACCAACCAGGGCAUCCCUGAGCUCAAUGGCAGCUCUGUAGGAAUUGCUAAGGCAGCUCUGGAGGCCAUAGAUGAGCUGGAUCUUUUCGGAGCCCACGGAGGGCCGAAGUCAGUCAUCCAUGUGUUGCCUGAUGAAGUGGAACAUUGUCAGUCCAUCCUGUGCUCCAUGCUGCCAAGAGCUUCAACUUCAAAGGAGAUAGACGCCGGCCUUCUGUCGGUCAUUUCCUUCCCUGCUUUCGCUGUUGAGGACGCCGACCUGGUGGCCAUCACGAAGUCGGAAAUCAUAAGCAAACUGCAGGGUCGCUAUGGCUGCUGCCGCUUCAUCAGGGAUGGAUAUCGUUGCCCCAGAGAGGACCCAUCUCGGCUGCACUACGAUCCUGCUGAGCUCAAGCUGUUUGAAAAUAUCGAAUGUGAGUGGCCCGUGUUCUGGACCUACCUCAUUCUUGACGGUAUCUUUGCUGAUGAUCAAGUGCAGGUGCAGGAGUACCGUGAAGCACUGGAGGGCAUUUUGAUCAGAGGGAAGAAUGGCAUCAAAUUGUUACCUGAACUCUAUGCUGUACCUCGUGAUAAGGUGGAGGAGGAGUACAGAAAUCCUCACACGGUGGACAGAGUGGCCAUGGGACAGCUGCCACACAUGUGGGGACAGUCACUCUACAUCUUGAGCUGCCUUCUGGCUGAGGGUUUUUUAGCACCAGGCGAAAUAGAUCCUCUCAACAGGAGAUUCUCUACAAACUUCAAGCCAGAUGUUGUGGUGCAAGUUUGUGUCCUUGCAGAGUCGGAGGAGAUCCAGGAGUUGUUAAGUGAUUAUGGGGUUGUGGUCCAGACGAUGUCAGAAGUUCUGCCUAUCAGGGUCAUGCCCGCUCGCAUCCUGAGCCACGUCUAUGUCAAACUGGGGAACUGCAAGAAGCUGAAUUUGAGCGGGAGGCCCUACAGACACAUCGGAGUUCUGGGAACGUCCAAAUUCUACGAGAUCAGAAAUCGUUAUUAUAUAUUCACGCCCCAGUUUCUGGAUCACCACCAUUUCUACCUGGCACUGGACAACCAGAUGAUUGUGGAGAUGUUACGAACGGAGCUGGCCUAUCUCUCCUCUUGCUGGAGGAUGACAGGACGGCCCACACUCACCUUCCCCAUCACCCGCAGCAUGCUGGUUGAAGAUGGAGAUGCCCUUGAUCCAUGUAUCCUAGCAACCCUCAGGAAAUUACAGGAUGGCUAUUUUGCUGGAGCGAGGGUGCAGAUGUCAGACCUCUCCAGUGUCCAGACCACCUCCUUCCACACUCACCUCAGCUUUCUGGAUGAAGAGAACGAUGACAGCUUACUCGAGGAUGAAGAUGAUGAGGAUAAUGACUCAUAUGGAGAGGAAUAUAACAGCUGUGGGCCCUCAGAGGGCUCAAAAGACAUGUUUGACCAGUACCUCACUCAGCUCCUCCACAGCACCAUCACCACCAAGUGCCAUCUUCCUCCCAUCCAGUCAGGGCAGCAACACGUCUUCAGUGCUGAGCACACCACCAGAGACAUCCUGUCUUUUAUGGCUGAGGUCCAGGGACUAAAUAUGCCCAAGUCUUCCAUGUAUCUACCUGUGACUCAUCUUAAGAACAAACGCCGCAAAGCUCUCAACCUACUUGAAGUUCCUCUUCACCAAAAUGUAAAGCAGCACAAGCCCCACAGUGCUGGUGAUCUGCACCUGCCUCGAGACUCUCAUGGCAACACAGACUUUGCAGCGUUGGUGAGGCAGCUGAAGGAGUGUCCGACUCUGCAGGACCAGGCUGACAUACUCUACAUCCUUUACGUGAUGAAAGGAGCUGAGUGGCAGGUGGAGUUGUCAGGUCCCGGGCAGGGCGGAGUCAGCGUGCGCUCCCUGCUGGAGGAGCUGUAUGUUCAAGCUGGAGCCUGCAAAGAGUGGGGACUCAUCAGAUACAUCUCUGGGAUAUUACGCAAGCGAGUGGAGGUCCUGGCUGAGGCCUGCACAGAUCUGAUUUCCCAUCACAAGCAGCUGACUGUCGGUCUGCCUCCUGAGCCCAGGGAAAGAGUCAUCACAGUCCCACUUCCUCCUGAGGAGUUGAACACUCUCAUCUAUGAAGCCAGCGGUCAGGACAUCAGUAUAGCUGUACUCACACAGGAAAUCAUGGUCUAUCUCGCCAUGUACGUGCGCUCCCAGCCUGCUCUGUUUGGGGACAUGCUCCGGCUCAGGAUAGGACUCAUCAUGCAAGUGAUGGCCACUGAGCUGGCUCGUAGUCUGCACUGCUCUGGGGAGGAGGCAUCUGAGAGUUUGAUGAGCCUGAGUCCAUUUGGCAUGAAAAACCUGCUGCAUCACAUCCUCAGUGGCAAAGAGUUUGGAGUGGAGAGGAGCAUGCGCCCAAUCCAGUCAACAGCCACUAGCCCUGCCAUCUCCAUCCAUGAACUCGGACACACUGGAGCCACCAAGACUGAACGCUCAGGAAUACACAAGCUGAAAAGUGAGAUAAAACAGCUGGAUGACUCUCGGCCUCUCAGUAUCCUCAGCGGCGGUCUGUCCUUGGGUAGCAAUGUCACGUCUCCCCGCUCCACGCGCUGCAGCAGCCCCUCCACCCCCAGUGGGAUCCUAUCCCCAGUGGGCACCGGUCCAGGAGAUGGACAGCUUAACUGGGAGGACAGGCAAGGCCAGUGGCUGAGGAGACGCAGGCUGGAUGGAGCUAUCAACAGAGUACCAAUGGGUUUCUACCAGAAGGUCUGGAAGAUCCUACAGAAGUGCCAUGGCCUGUCCAUCGACGGCUAUGUGCUGCCCUCGUCUACCACAAGAGAGAUGACAGAGGGAGAGAUCAAGUUCGCAGUGCAGGUGGAGUCUGUCCUGAACCACGUCCCUCAGCCAGAGUACCGGCAGCUGCUAGUGGAGACUGUGAUGGUUCUGGGCCUCAUAGCUGAUGUGGACGUGGACAGCAUCGGCGGCAUUAUACACGUGGACCGCAUCCUGCAUCUGGCCAAUGACCUCUUCCUCAAUGACCAGAAAUCCCAUAGUGCCAGUGAUUAUUUCCUCGAGAAGGACCCAGCCACCGGAAUCUGCAACUUUUUCUAUGAUAGCGCCCCCAGUGGCGGCUUUGGCACCAUGACCUACCUUUCUAAGGCAGCCAUCACUUACGUCCAGGACUUCCUGCCAAGUACCAGCUGCCUGAUGCAGUGAGACAGCAGACUGGACGUGUUUUAUAACUUAAGGCUCAUCUGACCAAAGGCGGCAAAGCCUCUCAUUAUCAGCUCAUACAGCUCAUGUGGUGCUUGUGAGUAUUCACCCGUCAAUAAACACUGUAGCUCUCAUACCCCGAUGUAACAUCAUAGCCUUGGCAGCUGAUUUCAAAGCACUGUCUCUGAAUUUAUUUUUUCCUUUUUUCAAGUCUGGAUUGUGAACUUAUUUAUUACCUAAACAUGCUUCUCAUAUGUGUGUUUUUCAGGACUUACUAACAUGCUGUAUAUGCAAGGAUAUAAGCACAUCUCUGUGCUUUUGGUGUUGUGUGUGUGAGAAUAUUAUAUAAACACUGAACUGUCUCGUAACUGAAUAUAUAAUUUUACACAACUCGGCAGUUAUCAGAGUAAACAUUUUGAUGAUUUGUGCUCACAAAUGAUUAUUUUCCUCAAAUCAGUAGUUGAUUCUUCUCUGUUACUUUUUUGUUUUAUAUUUUAUUUAGUAAUUAAAUAAUUUAUUGCGCUACUGUAGUGGCUGACCUUGAAUAUGAUGGGAAAAUAAUCAAAUGUUAAUCAUGAAAUCAAAUUGUAGCCUCAAAUUACAUAAUUUAAACAUAUUAUUAUCAUUAUUAUACAUUCAUUCAUUCAUUUUCCGUAACCGUUUAUUCUAUUGGGGGUCGCGUGGGGCUGGAGCCUAUCCCAGCUGACAUUGGGCGAGAGGCAGGGUACACCCUGGACAGGUCGCCAGACACAUAGAGACAGACAGCCAUUCAUGCACACAUUCACACCUACGGCCAAUUUAGAGUUACCAAUUAACCUGCAUGUUUUUGGACUGUGGGAGGAAGCCGGAGUACAUAAGGAAAACCUACACUGGCACAGGGAGAACAUGCAAGCUCCUCACAGAAGGCCUCCCCCACCCUGGGUUUGAACCAUGAGUCAUUAUUAUUAUUAUUAUUAUUAUUAUUAUUACCUCUGACAGCUUCCAGGCUCUUUAUAAUUCAGCGCUGAUGAUAGUGAACCUUUCUUGUUGUCGUCUUGUAAUAACAUGAACGUGUAUGGGAACAAGAGUCGUAGUUUUCCUUGAAUGCCUGGAUGUUUUUGUCCUUGUGUAUGUGUUGUGUGUUUUGUACCAUGAAUGACAAUUAAUCCAUUUGUCUGCAUACAAAGGUCACCCCAGGGUUUUACUUCUGAUAAUGUGAGUCAACAUUUAGCACGUACCUCAACAUUUUGUUUAUUUACAUGUAGUGAAAAUAAGUAUGCUGGGGUUUAAUUCUACUUUAAUACAUAGUGGUGUUUUAUAUGUAUACAGUGUGUAUAUAUGCAGUAUAUGCAUGAUGUAUUCAAAAAGAAUGAAAUGGAAGUACCAGAGAGGUCUGGAGUAUGUUGAAAAGGGUCUUUGUAAGUCCGAGACGAAUGUUAUCACACGCUUGACUGUAAGAUUUGUGCCCAGAAAGGAAAAAAUCUCAUGGCUGUGACUGGGAAAGCAAAAUAAUGAGAAACAGGGAUAUGUUAUAUUUUAAUGCUACAUCUACUCAACAAUAACCUAACAAAAAUAGAGAGAAUUAAACUAAUAUAUAUAAAUAUUUUAUUAAAAACAUUAUACAGAUCUCCUAUUUAACAAUUUAAAGACAUGUUUGCGUAUUUUAACAGGCUGCUCAUUUCCAUUAGAAAAUGUUCAUGAUAUUUUCAAAGUAUGUUCAUACAAUAAUAAAAUCAUUUCA